AUGAGCUGGACUUGUCCGCGUUGCCAGCAACCUGUUUACUUUGCUGAGAAAGUGAGCUCCUUAGGCAAGAACUGGCAUCGCUUCUGCCUGAAAUGUGAGCGCUGUCACAGCAUCUUGUCCCCUGGCGGGCAUGCAGAGCACAACGGGAGGCCAUACUGCCACAAGCCUUGCUAUGGGGCUCUCUUUGGACCUAGAGGGGUCAACAUUGGCGGCGUGGGCUGCUAUCUCUACAAUCCCCCACCGCCCCCUCCUGCCAGCAGUGUUUCCCUCAGCCCCAGCAGCUUUAGCCCCCCCAGGCCAAGGACUGGCCUCCCCUGGGCCAAGAAAAGGCCUCCCUACUUGAAGAUAUUCACUGGUGAGACUUCAUUGUGCCCUGGAUGUGGGGAUCCUGUCUAUUUUGCUGAGACGGUGAUGUCUUUGGGCAGAAAUUGGCACCGACCCUGCCUGAGGUGCCAGCGUUGCAGGAAGACCCUGACUGCUGGGAGUCACGCGGAGCAUGAUGGCCUGCCUUACUGCCACAUCCCCUGCUAUGGAUACCUGUUUGGCCCCAAAGGUGUGAACAUUGGUGAUGUGGGCUGCUACAUCUAUGACUUAAGAUCCAAAUGAGGAUCACGGGAGUGAUUAUCUUAACUCAGGCCUCCCACCAUCUCCUCCACGGCUCCUGGAAGCUCUGGAACUCCCUAGUCCUUUGGGAAGGAAGAAGGUGAAAUCCUGGGGACCUGGGUCUAGACUCCGUGGUAGAUCUGAGUCCACACCGUC